CUGAGUCAUCGUUUGUCAUUUAAACCAAACGUCAUGUGUCAUUUUGGUAAAAAAUUAAUAAAAAUGCGUUGUGUUUGUUUUUAUUAGUGGCGAGAAAUUUUGCGUUGCGUUUUCGCGCUCUGAAUUCGUCUCAAAUGUGAAUUUUAACCCUCAAACAAGCUCCCCUCCUAUCGAUUCGUGAUUCAUUCCUCAGUACAAAACAAAAACAAGCACGAUGGAGGCUAUGCCCAAAUUACCCAUGAUCAGCUUUGAAUUAAAGUACAGUUCCGAACCGGCACAGUUUGGACCAGCCCUGAAACAGUACAUUGCAAGCUUCUACAACGAAGACCCGGAGUCCUAUGGCACGGAAAUCAACAACUUGGAGUCGCUGCGUAGCGCCGCGUUACGAGCCCCCAUAGAUGUGACGGGGUGUCAACUAUUGAAAAAAUACUACUGCCAGCUGCACUUUCUCAAGUCGCGGUUUCCCAUGCACGAGUACCAAGCGGCAGCGGUGUUUUUUUCGUGGAAGGAUAACUACACAAGUUUGCAGUGUAGCGUCCAGGAUAUUCGGUUUGAAAUGAUGUGUAUUUUGUAUAAUAUUGGGGCUGUGCAUACGCAGCUGGGGGCCCUCGAUAGUCGGGCUACGCCCGACGGGUUGAAGAUGGCGUGCACACAUUUCCAGUGCGCGGCGUGGGCUUUCCAGACCAUCAAAGAAUCGUAUUAUCAAAUGAUCCCUUACAUCUCCUCCGUCGAGAUUAUCCACUUCAUGCAGCAGGUCUGCUUGGCGCAGGCGCAGGAGUGCAUUCUCGAAAAGAGCAUGAUGGAUAACCGCAAGGCGACGAUCACGGCCAAGGUCGCCGUCCAGGUGGUGGACCACUACAAACGCUCCCUGUCGCUCCUCACCGUCGGCGACGGCGAGAGCUCCUUCAGCAACUUCAUCGGCGGCAAAACCACCAAGGAGUGGUCGAAAUACCUCUCCUUCAAGUCCGUCUACUACAAAGCCAUCGCGCUCCUCUUCCAAGGCCAGCAGGCCGAAGAGCAGCAAAAGAUGGGCGAACGCGUCGCCUUCUACCAGGCCGCGUCCGAGCAGCUCGACGAAGCGCGUAAGGUAGCUGGGUUGAAGCAGCAGAAAGUGAGUAUGACGACAGUGAGGACUGCGCUAGGACCGCUCUACUUUCCGCAGGAUUUUUCUGAGUCUAUAGCUUUUACGUCGGACGUGAUCGAGGGCAAGCGAAAGGCGGCCAAGAACGAGAACGAGUUCAUUUACCACGAGGAGGUGCCGGAGAAGCACGCGCUCCAGGAAGUCAAGGGGGCCUCCUUGGUUAAAGGGAUCGCGUUCAACGUGAACGACGUCGAGGUCUCGGGGCCGGACAUUUUCGCGCGCUUGGUACCCAUGGAGGCGCACGAGGCGUCGUCGCUGUACAGCGAGAAGAAGGCGCAGAAGCUGAGGCAGCUGGGGGAGCUGGUGGAGAUGAAGGACCAAGCGCUGGCGGAGUUCAUGUCGUCGCUGCAGCUGGACGUGUUCACGCAGAUGCGGCAGGCCACCGGGUUGUCGCAGGACCUCGUGGACCGAGCUGCCGCCAUCAGCGCUAAACCCACAGCCACCCAGGACUUAGUCGCCGCGAUGGGGAAGCUCUCCAACAGCUACCACGAAGUCGAGUCCAUGCUCAACGAAAUCCAGGAGCUCCUCAAACAAGAAGAGCAGUCAGAAAAAGAGUACCAAGAACUAAUGGGCAAGCGCCCCCCGAGCAUAAUCGCGACGGACCUAUCCCGGGAAGCCUCCAAGUACCGCGAAGCCCACAACAAAGCCAACGACUCCAACCAGAACCUCCACAAGGCGAUGACCACCCACGUCGCCAACCUCAAAAUACUGUGUCAGCCGCUGAUGGAGCUCCAGAAGCAAAUACCCUCCGUGGAACUCCCCAACCCCAACGUGGACGAGAACUGCGUCAAAGAAAUCGAGACCCUCAUCGCCAAGGUGGAGGAGAUGCGGAAUCAAAGAGCUAUGCUGUGGACGCAGUUCCGCGAAGCGGUCCACAAGGACGACAUCACCAGCGUGUUGGUGACGCGCCAACCCGACCAACCCCUGGACCAGCUGUUCCAGCAAGAGCUGCAGAAGCACCAGGAGUUGGCGAGUUUGAUCGAGCAGAACGUGACGGCGCAGGAGAACAUCCUCAAGGCGUUUGUUGACGCCUACGCGCGCUCCAUGAACACUCGGAGGUACCUGCAGGACGUGAUUAGUAAGCGCAACGCGACGGUGACGGCGUUGAUCACGUCGUUCGAUACGUACGAGGACCUGGUGGCGAAAGCCACCAAAGGAAUCGAUUUUUAUAAUAAGUUGGAGACGAACGUGUCGAAGUUGUUGCAGAGGAUUCGGAGUGCGUCGAAGGUGCAGCAGGAGGAAAGGGAACAGAUGUUGCUGAAGAACUCCGUGACUGUGACGAAGGAGGAGGUAUCGGCGCCACCUAUAAACACGGCGCCGAAGCUGAAGGACUAUUUGGAUACGCGAAAAAGGGGGGCGGCGAGGGAUGCUCAAUACUAUGUCCCCCAGAGUGUCCCAGACGCUCCUACGUGGCCUCCAGCGGUUCGGCCCGCACCACUAGGUUCAGAGGUCAAUAACGACCCGGUGGUGACCAAACCCCAGGAGCAGAGCGGCUACAUUGUCGACCAAGCGUUAGCGGAGAGGAUGGCGGGGUUAAGGACGGGACAACACCCACAAUAUAGUUACCCAGGAGGGUACAACUACCCCCAACCCUCCGCUUCACCCAGUAACAUCAAUAAGCAAGCUUUCACCGUUACCACUGAUAUGUACCAACCCAUUUCGAGCGUCACCCAAAGCAACCAAUACCCGAACUACUCGAUGGGAUUCACCACGCCUUCAACCGCCUACAACCAAUCAAACGAACAAAUGGCGACGUACCAAAGCCAGAUUAACCAACCCGGCGUAAACUAUGGCCAGGUUAACCAACCACCUGCCACGAAUUACGGGUACGCCCAAGUCAACCAACCCGCAAGCUUAUACGAUCAAAGCUACGCCCAAAGUGCGCACUACAACACCCAGUACGCCUACACGCAGCCGGAAGAAGCCACGCCCACACCGACUCCUCCCACCUACAACCAACCGUCAAACGUAGUCAACUACGCCGCGCCUACACCGACACCGCCUACCGCUUACACUCAAGUGUCAAGUGUAGCCACGCCCACACCCACUCCGCUUUACAACCAAUCUCAACCCACGCCCGCCUACGAACCCCCCGAAUCCUACAAACCCACCGCCUACUACCCCACCGGUUACGACCCCUCCCAACAAGUCGCCCCGCCUCAAACCUACACCUAUUCGAAUUCGUUCGAUGCAGAGUACGCGACUUCGGUCCGCCCCAACAUCUCCCUCCCGAGUGUGAGCGCCACCUACUCCUCCCCCUCCAUCGACAUCAAGAGUUCGGGUUCGGGGGGCGCCAGCUACGUGAUGAGCAACGGCCAGAACUACCCCAGUUAUGACGUCACCGGCCAGUACCCCUACUACUACAACUACUCGCAAGGCGGCUACGUCAGCUACUCCAACGGCUACGGUUACGUGGUGCCUACUCAAGCCGAGACUUCGGUGGCCACCACCACCAAGGAGUCCAAUAUCGAUCUUCUGACGGGGUUGGACUUCACUGUGAACCAGGCGCCGUUGAUUCCGCAGCAGAAGCCGUCGGAGGUGGCGGAAGUGCCGAAGCCGGUUAAGGUCGUGGCGACCAAGGAGGAAGUCCAGAAUCCCAAGAUGGAGAAGGUGAUCAACCGGAAGCCGUUGAAUAACGCGGAAGUGAAGAAGUUGUUCGCGUUGGAGGUCGACAAGUUCGAGAAGUUCGUGGACGUGUUGCCGAACAAGACGCUGAGCGGGCCGACGAAUUUGGAGUUGAAGUGGAAGGAGAUCCAGGAUAAACAGGAGCUGGAGAAGAAGGCGAUCUCGGUGGCGAGGUGCUACCCGAUGAAGAAUCGCUACCCGGAUAUUUUACCGUACGACUAUUCGAGGGUGGAGCUGAAGGGGGCCAAGGAUGAUUAUAUUAACGCGUCGCAUGUUAAAGACAUCUCCUACUACGCCGCCCCCUUCAUCGUAGCCCAGGCGCCCCUCGCCUCCACCACCGCCGACUUCUGGAUCAUGAUCAAGGAGCAGCAAAUCGAGCUCAUCGUGUCCCUCCUCGGCGACGCAGAAACCGGCCCCGACGUCUACUGGCCGACCGAAAAAGGUCGCGACUUGGCUUUAUCCGGCCUGGUGGUCUCCUUGGUGAGCGUCACCGUCAAGCCGCACUGGAUCGAGCGCCUCAUCUCCAUCGGCAUCCCGGAGAAGCGCGACUCGCGGGUCCUUCUCCACCUGCAGUUCACCUCCUGGCCCGGCAGCCUCUUCCCGACCAACCCCGAGCCCUUCGCCACCUUCGUCACCGAGGUCACCAACCUGUUCCUGCAGCAGAGGAGCACGGCGCACCCGGUGGUCGUGCACUGCUCGUCGGGGAUCGGUCGCAGCGGGCUGGUGUGUCUGCUGGUCAGCGCCAUCCUCGAGGUGACGAGCAACCCGGUGGCGGUGCCCGAUUUGGUGGGGUUGGCGGUGAAGCUGGGGGCCUGGAGGAGGAACAUGCUGAGGGAUAGGGAGCACUUGAAGUUCGCGUAUGAGGCGUUUUUGGCGUAUAUGAAGCAGGUGUUGGCGCAAGGGCAUGCGAAGAGGAUUUUGAACGAAGUAGGGCAAAUCAAGACUGAAGAAAAGUUGGCGCCGGUGGAGACGAAGCAAGAGAUUAUUGAUGAUCCGUUGAAUAGUUUGGAUCCGUUUUGGGCGAGUAAAAAAGGAGAUUGAUUGACUUUUGUGUAUUUAAAUUUUUAAAUCUGUAUUUGAACGUAUGCUUAUUGUAUGAUAGUGAUAUUAGUGUAAUGUUUUAUAACUAUUUUUAUGUGGUUCUGAAGAUAUGGAGAUUUUUUAGUUUUGGAAUUGCUGAAAGGACGUAUUAUGAUGAAAUGUACUGAAUUACCUAAUAAAUUAAUAAAUAAGCGUUGUUUGAAUUA